ACUUCAACGACGAGGUCAAGGUGUCCUUUCACACGUGUUUCCAGCAGUUUCUGAGCAGUGAGCACUCUGCGUCGGAAGAGCGACAUCGAGAGUGUUUAGACCGUUUGCUUGUCCGCAAUAAUGUUAAAAUCUCUUGCCAGUGUGGUGACCACAGCGGCUCGUUUCUCAGCGAGGACAACCACCGGGUCCUGGGCCCGAGCAGUGGAACCUCUUGGACGACCGGCGCUGUGUAUUCCAAAUUCGGCAACAACUCGGCCUUUCACCCGGUCGAUUUGGAUGAUGCGAAACAGCGGGUCUACCUCAGGAUACAGCCCAACAUUACUCUCCUCAAGUCGUAAUACUCCACCUGUGUCAUGUGGUUGUGGAGGGCUUCAUACAGAAGGGGAUAAAGCAUUUGCAGAGUUCCUUUCGGAUGAAAUCAAAGAGGAGAAGAAGAUUAAGAAGCAUCAGUCACUUCCCAAGAUGUCUGGCGGGUGGGACAUUGAACUGAAUGGCACAGAAGCCAAGCUAAUUCGGAACCUUGCUGGAGAAAAAGUGUCCAUCACAUUUAACAUCAACAACAGCAUCCCUCCCAACUUGGAGGAAGAAGCGGAUCAAGGGCAGAAAAGUGGAGAGAAUGAGCCUGAAAUAGUGUCAACACCCAACUUUGUGGUAGAAGUAACCAAACAGGCCUCAAACACUUCCUUGGUGUUCGACUGUCACUAUCCAGAAGAUGAGUCCGGUCAUGGGGAAGGAGAGGAGGAGAGCGACAUCUUUGCUAUCCGCGAGGUCAGUUUCCAGCCCAUAGGGGAGGCCGAUUGGAAGGAGACCAGCUACACGCUCAACACAGAUUCUCUGGACUGGGCUCUGUAUGACCAUUUGAUGGACUUCCUGGCUGACCGUGGAGUGGAUAAUACCUUUGCUGAUGAGCUCAUCGAGCUGAGCACUGCCCUGGAGCAUCAGGAGUACAUUUCAUUCCUGGAGAAUCUCAGUGGCUUUGUCAAGUGCCAUUAAGAUCAAAUGGCCAACAAAGACAACCUUUUCUCACAUAACACCUCUACAGAAUCCACAAAAAGAGAAAACAGGCAUUGUUCUCUGUUGUCCCUUAAGUGAAGUUAACAUGUAAGAAUGUCACACAUUGAAAUAGUCAAUUUGGACCCUCAAGACUUGUUAAUUGUGUGCAAUGAUGGACUUGUCCUUAAGCAACUUUGUGAAGGCAUAUGUAGUAUCAAGAACUGUGGGUUCAUUGCUGGAAGCUGGAAUUUUGGAUAUUGCACAACAAAAACAAAAUAACUAACAUAUGUCUUGGGCCAUGUCUGAAUCGUUACACUUGGCUACUGUUGAGUACACAAGCUGCAUAAAAGUUGUAUACAAAUUGCACACGCAGUAGUAGGCUAGUGUGCGGUCUCGGACAUGGCCCUGGUUUCGUUGAAAGAAAAGCAUCUCAAACUCCAAAGUAGUCGAUGGCAACUCUAAUAUUUUACCACUCAAGUAAACUCCAGCAGAGUAGUUUGAGCCUUUUGAAGAGUACAUGUUCAGUCCUCCAUUUUAAUAUUGAGGCUUGAGUAAUGGGAAAAAAAUUGUGUGCACUUAAAUCACAGAAUUCCCCUCUAUUGUUGCAGUGUGGUGGAACAAAAUUAAAGAAGGGCAAAAUGUACCAGUUCUUAAGCAUAGCCUUAUAAUUUAAAUGUAAAUUAGAAUUCUUCUGGAACAUCAAUAAAUAUGUUUACUUAUCAA